GCCGUUAGGUAACCAAGUAGGCAGCCAUGGGACCGACGGAUCUCACCCGCGAGGCUGGGUAUAAAAGGACUGGUAGGCCUCAUGGAACUCUUCAUCUGUUGAAACACUCCAGUCACAGGGAAAUUCUAGCAACCAUGGCAUCCGCAAAAAGUGAAUUCUCCCAAACGCUGCAGGACAUCACGCAUGCCAAGCUGCGGGAGCUUUCCAGCAAACAAGAGAUUUUCCUCGGCCACAAAGCGACGACCCUCCAGACGGCACAGGCAUUAGACUCUCCGAUCGAAAGACUUUCAGCGUUAUCGGAUGGCCUCAAGACGUGCUUCGGGAUUCCAGUGGUAAACGGUCGGAUGAUCCGUGGGCAUACUAACAACCAUCGACGCCUGGAGAUCUUGCUGGCGAAUAUCGAUCGGUUUCUUAAACAGGCUCAAUAUGACCCCUCUAUCUCACCGUCCUUCGUGGAACGAUGGCAGCAAUCUCUCCUCAGCAAUCUUGAGAUGCAAACCCGGAAAUAUGAGUUCGCCACACUUUUCGGCCAGCUGACCAUGGAAUGGCUGUCGACGAAGAAGGAGUCCCUGCCAGACGACGAUGUCUCCAUGUCGGAAGAACCAGAGCAGAUUCCAGGUGCGGAGAAGUUGGAAUCUCGGAAACAAUGGGAAGAUGUCGUCUUUACUCCGCACGAACUCGACACUGAUGAGAUCAAACUUCUACUCAGUGAGCUGUUUCAGGACCCCUCAGAAAAUGCCAAAGAUGUGCGGACAGCCUUUGAAGAGACCCGAACAACAGUGCAACAGUUUGAGGAGUCAUUAACAUACUCUCGUUUAUUUUCUGCGAGCACGCUACAGUGGACCAUCUCGGGCCUGGCCACAUCCGACCUUCUGACGGAAGAAAAGCGGUCGGUCUUGAAGGAUUUCUUGAAUAACACGAUCAUUCUGGAUGAGCUGUCCGACGUGCUGAAUAUGCGCAUGACGGCCUUGCACGCUUGGUCCUGGGGUGCAGAAGUGCCCAUAGAACAACGACGCCAACUGAACGGCACUUACAACAUCUACAUGCAUGAGGAUCUGAUCCAGGCCAUCUUCUUGCAGUAUCUUGGCGUGAGAUGGUCGGUUUUCUUUAAGAAAGCCUUCUCAGAGUUCCGAAAGGCGAGCGGCGUGUGGAAAUCACCGAGAAGUAACAUUCCAGAAAUAGACAAAAGUCGUCGCGAGUUUUUCCUCGGCUAUCGAUCGUCCAGGAACACCGUCCAAACUACUCGCGAGAAAAUAUAUCAGAAGGGGUAUUUCGUCUCUCAGCUUCUGGACGAUGAAGAGCAAGUCCGAGGCCUAGACGAAGGGGAAGAAGAGGCGGACUUUGCGCCGUUUGGCGCAACACAGGCCCUCAUGCACACGGGAGCUCCACAGCAACAUCCAUCUGCUACCAGGAAGCGCACAAAGCAGACAGCGCAGCGAAGCAGUACAGCAGUGUGGCGAAAUAAGCAGCGAUGUAGGCCAAGCGGAGCAAGCAACUUUUUCGAGGAGGAAGCGGGAGUUGAUGAAGGUGAUGACAGUGAUGACGAUGGCGAUAAUGACCAUGGAAACGAGAUUUGCAACCCGAAGAAUCCAAUGGAUGCCAAACAAAAUCUUUUACAUCUCUUGACGACUGACGUUUUGAUCAAAACUCGCCUUGAGGGAGAGUUGACCUGCUUUCGUUCCAAAUAUGAAUCUUUGAACCCCAACUUAUCCCAUACAGCCGUUCAUACAGUCCUUGAAUUCUUCGGUGUUUCUGAGAAAUGGCUAGGGUUUUUCGAGCGCUUCCUCAAAGCACCGCUCAAGUUCAUCGAUGAUCCUCACGCCGAGCCCCGUCAGCGUCAGCGAGGCACUCCUGGAGCCCAUGUACUUAGUGAGGUGUUUGGAGAGUCUAUUCUCUUCUGUCUCGACUUUAUGGUCAAUCAGAAGACUGAGGGCGACAUCCUCUGGCGAGUUCAGGAUGAUUUCUGGUUCUGGUCUUCAAACCAUCAGACCUGCGUGACGGCAUGGAAUACGAUCCAAAGAUUUAACAAGAUCAUGGGCAUUUCCUUAGAUCCAUCUAAAACCGGUACCGCCCGUAUUUUGCAUAAGGCUACAGGAAGCCCGACCAGUCUUGAUCCCGCCCUGCCUACCGGACAGAUCCGCUGGGGCAUGCUAUACCUCAAUCCCGAAUCCGGCCGGUUUGAAAUCGACCAGAAGAUGGUUGAAAGCCACGUUGCAGAGUUAAACCGUCAGUUAAAAGACCAAGUCAAAAGCGUCUUUGCUUGGAUUCAGGCAUGGAACUCGUAUGCUACCACCUUCUUCACCUCCAACUUCGGCAAGCCUGCCAACUGCUUCGGCCGUCAGCAUGUUGAUAUGAUGCUCGCCACGCAUGAGCGAAUCCAGCGGAUAGUUUUCUCCCUGGAUGCUGCAGGCGGCAAGAGGGACACAAGUGUGAUCCAGUUUCUCCGGGAUAUGAUCUGCUCACGCUUCAACAUCUCCUCUGUGCCGGACGGGUACUUUUUUCUGCCGAUCGAGCUUGGCGGGCUCGAGCUGUCUAGCCCCUUCAUCCACCUAGUUGGCCUACGCGAUUCUCUUAUUGAAGACCCGUCUACUCUUCUGGAUAAAUUCUUGGACAAUGAACAGGAUGCGUACGUCUCGGCCAAACUGCGCUACGAGCGCCGUCUCAACACCGACGAAUAUACCACCACACGUAGGCAGGGCUUCCAGCCAGCAGACGCGCACACAUUUAUGUCAUUCGAGGAGUACAUUCGGUAUCGUGAGCUCCUCGGCUAUGGCUUCACUGGUGAGCUAAAGGAGGUAUAUGAAAGGCUUCUGCAACGCCCCGAGCAACAGCAUAUUGAAUGCGAUCCGAAUGGUGCCGUCGUCCGGGAGCUUAAUCAACUUACCGGGCACCAGAACCUGAGAGGAAUCAGAAGUAACUGGAGAGACAUGGAAGCGUAUUGGAAAUGGGUGGCAGAACUGUAUGGGCAGGAGAUUAUCGACCGAUUUGGUGGAUUUAAUAUCGUGGAUCCAGGCCUCCUGCCUAUCGGGAUGGUGAGCUUAUUCCGCAGCGGGCGGAUCCAGUGGCAAGAAUGAGAUUUCCAUUUGUAUAGUCAGAAUGCGUAUGCUUGAUUCUAUCACUGUGGGAUGCGCCUGUCUCUUAUCUGAUUCAUGUGCUACUGUUGAGUUGUAGCGCUAUGCAGGGUGUUUCUCCUACAGGCACUUCAUGUUAAUAUAAAUAUCACCGAAUAUCAUUCUGAGAGUACUUUCUCUCCCAUCCAAAGCCUCCAUCAUGCUGAGGCCAUUGACGCCGUGAAGGCGAUGGAGAUAAAGUGGAUUUUGGGUUCGUAGAUUAAGAAGGCGAUCUUUCCUAGAUAUCGUCUAGUCUAUACAAGGUCAAUUCUGUGAUAAUGGGAGUUCCCAUCCAGUCGACCACACCAUGGUCAAGGUCAUGCCUUCCUUAAACACCACAUGCCUAACAGAAGAUGAAAGCUAAUUGAAUGGAUUUAAGCUUACUCCAAUGUAAACAUCUAGGUAAAUGUUCUGAGGCCGACACAACAAGGGAAGAGGAAAGAUUGUAUCCGACACAAGAGGCGCGGACCUUCACUAUACCACGAUUGAGACAAGGCAGGAUAAAUACAUGGCUACAACUUCCUCUCUAAUGGCUGGACCGUGUGACACAUUAUAGACUUUUCACAUAUUAUCCAUGACAUUCAUAUGCUUAUGCAUGAGUAUAGUGUUGGAC